AGCCAGCACCCCAAGCCCCAGCUCUGGCGAUGUCUCGGGCUCGCUGGCGGACCUCGGCAUGUGGCAGCUCGUCUUUGAGCCGGUCGGCUUGCCCAAUGCUCUGCUCUCUCUCUCUCUCUAAACCGCACCACCCCCGAUAAGAAUCCCUAUUUGCUUUCGAUACCAUACUUGAAUGCUACAACCUCCGCGUGAAGACCAGCCCACUCAUCCAUCUCGUGCUGCUUCCCCAUCCAAAAAAAGGGCCAUCUCCAUAAUCCAGCAAAACAUCAUCAUCUAACUCCACCAUCCCAUCCAUCCCAUCCGGUGAUUUGCAAUCCCAUCAAGAACCGCCAAAAUGGUCGCCGACGCCCUCAUCUACCACCCGUCCGUAUCGCACUACAACAAGUUCGUAGCCACCACCGUCGGUCGCGACAAGAUCCUCCGCACCCUCCAGUACUUUGCCCGCUUCUACGCCUGGUACCUCUUCCGCACCAAUGGCUCCAAGGCCGAGAUCGCCCCUUGGGAUGCCAUCAAGAAGCAGUUCGGCCUGACCCGCAAGAUCAUGCGCAUCGGCAAAAACGUCGAGCACUUCAAGGCCGCCGCCGUCGCCUCCGACGCAAAGACAAUGGACCCCGUCCUCCGCUACGCCGCCGUCGGCCGACAGCUGGGCUACGCCGGCUACCUGACCUUUGACGCCGCCACCGUCCUCGACGCCGCCGGCAUCAGAAAGUGGGAGGGCGCAAAGAGGCUGCAAAAGGAGGCCUACCGCUUCUGGGCCAUUGGAAUCCUCUUCAGCGUCGUCGCCCAGACCUACACCCUCUACCGCCUCCAGCAGCGUGAGGCCAAAGUCGAUAAGAAGGAGGGCGAGGGUGUCGUCGAGGCCAAGAGAAUAGCAAUUGAGCGCGCCGCCGGCCGCCUGCAACUCAUCUCUGACCUCUGCGACUUGACCGUCCCCACCUCUGCCCUCGCGUGGGCCAACUUCGACGACGGUAUCGUCGGCCUUGCUGGUACCGUUAGCAGUUUGAUUGGCGUGUAUACCCAGUGGAAGAAGACGGCAUAAUCGCGUUGCCGCGCGGAACAAAGGAAGGAUAGUGCGUUGUAUAUGUAUGCUUGUGAUGAUUUGUGUCGAUGUCGGAUAACGAGAUGCGUCGUCGGAGCGAUUGGUAUUGUACUUGUCUACUAAAUUGAAGAGUAGGAACGUUAGGGGUAGAGCUUGACUGAGGCAAUGCUUUUGAAAUCUUUUGGGCGUUCGGUAUGUACCUAGCCUGAGCUGAAGGCAUGGUGCCAUGAUGGGCGGGAUAAGGUAGGCAGACUGCUAGCUACUCCCUGCUGUCGAUGCGGACAUGAUAGUCGGAUUGGAUACCAAGUAAUCCUCUUUCACCAACAUCGAAUAUUCAAGAUAUCUACGAACGGAAACAUCUCUUGCUCUUGCUGAUGGCAAGUGGUUUUAUCGCCCUCAGUCGCUAC